UUGUAGCGAUUCCUUUUCCUGUCUCGGCGUUCUAAAGAAUCCGCGAGCCGGGCUCUGGGGCCAAGCUGGGGUUAGGGCGGGGGGACUUUCUCAGAAGGGGCGGCUGCUUGUUCCGGAGAGAUCCAGCGGAGGCCGAUCGGCGGCUUCGGACGUCCGCGGAGUAGACCCAGCGAGGAGAGUAUUAAACAGAAAAGAGAUUGUGUCUUGUUUAAGCAGCGAAGCGGGAAGAAUCUGAGUUUUUUGAUCCAGCCGUUGUGAGCAAACUUCCUACUGUUGGUUGGUGAAAGAAGGAGAAGAGGACGGUGGAGGGGUGAGGCGAGGCGGACAGGGAAAGAACCGCUGUUGGCUGCCUCGGCUCCGGACGGUGCGAUGCUGUCUAACUCUCAAAACCAGAACCCCCAAGUACUUUUCCCCAACCCCCCACCUCCUCCCCCGCCGCCACUCCAGCCACCGCAGCAGCAGCAGCAACAACAAUUGGCCCAGCAACAGCAGUUCCCCCAGUUCCACAUAAAAUCUGGCCUCCCCAUCAAGAAAAAUGCCAUCACGGAUGAUUACAAGGUCACCACACAAGUUCUGGGACUGGGAAUUAAUGGGAAAGUUUUGGAAAUCUUUAACAAGAAAACUGGAGACAAAUAUGCUCUGAAGAUGCUGCAAGACUGUCCAAAAGCUCGAAGGGAGGUGGAGCUCCACUGGAGGGCAUCUCAGUGUUCCCAUAUUGUGAAGAUUAUAGAUGUCUAUGAAAACCUUUACCAGGGUCGAAAAUGUCUCCUGAUAGUUAUGGAAUGCUUGGAUGGCGGAGAGCUUUUCAGUCGAAUUCAAGACAGAGGAGACCAGGCUUUCACAGAAAGAGAGGCUUCUGAAAUAAUGAAGAGCAUUGGAGAAGCCAUUCAGUAUUUACACUCAAUCAACAUCGCACACAGGGAUGUCAAGCCAGAAAACCUCUUAUACACCUCAAAAAGGCCGAAUGCUGUAUUAAAGCUCACAGACUUUGGCUUCGCUAAAGAAACCACCACACAUAACUCCCUAGCUACACCAUGCUACACGCCAUACUAUGUGGCUCCAGAGGUUCUUGGCCCAGAGAAAUAUGACAAGUCCUGUGAUAUGUGGUCCCUUGGCGUCAUCAUGUACAUAUUGCUGUGUGGCUAUCCCCCUUUCUAUUCCAACCAUGGUCUGGCCAUUUCACCAGGCAUGAAAAAACGGAUCCGGAUGGGUCAAUAUGAAUUUCCCAAUCCAGAGUGGUCUGAAGUAUCCGAGGAAGUCAAACAGUUGAUCCGGAAUUUGCUGAAAACUGAUCCAACGCAGCGCAUGACAAUAACAGAGUUCAUGAAUCACCCCUGGAUCAUGCAAUCAAUGCAGGUGCCACAAACACCGCUGCACACUAGUAGAGUUUUGAAAGAAGAGAAAGACCUGUGGGAGGAUGUCAAGGAGGAAAUGACAAGUGCCUUGGCCACUAUGAGAGUGGAUUAUGAACAGAUCAAGAUUAAGAAAAUUGAAGAUUCAUCUAACCCAUUGCUUAUGAAGAGGCGAAAGAAAGCAAACCCUCCUGAGCCUACAGCACUCCCUCACUGAGGGUUAAGUGGAGCCAAGCCUGGUGGUUGUGAAAGCAAUAACUAUAUCUAUAUAUUUUUUAAACAAAUCGGAUAUAAGACAGUAAUGUCAAACGCAUGGAAUUCAGACCUUUAUACCAGACUAGUUAUUUUUUUAGCUGCCACUUGUGGUUCUGAUCUUUCUGGGGUCAGGCAAGAGACAGCUGCUCUCUGUACAACACACACUUCUAUUUCUUUUUUUCUUUUGUUGUCCUGUAGGGAAAUGUUUCUGGUAAUUGGAUUUUUGGGGAUAAAAUCUCCCCUUGUUUUCUUUUCAGAGACACUGAAAUUCCUGUGGUCACCAUUUAAGGAUUAAUAAUAUAUAUAUAUAUAUAUUUUUAAAACUACUGUAGAGCUGAAAUCCAGACAGAGUCCUGUGCUAAGUACGUGUGUGUGUGUGUGUGUGUGUGUGUGUGUGCAUGCGUGUGUGCACACGUGUGUGUGCGCGUGUGCGCACACGUGUGUGUGAAGAGUUAAAGGCUUUCAGUUUGUGUCAAAGAAGAGCCAGGACUUUUGAAGAAAUGCCAUCUGAAACCAUGAUGGCACUUUGUUGAUGUUGUAGUCUUCACUUAACAUCAGUAGUUAUUCCUUUAAGGUUUGCUGUUGGGUCUUAAGCUCCUUUUGCAAGUCUCUGAAGUUACUGACUGAAUGUCCCAAGUACAAGAUGCCUCCUUAAACUGGAAGCCUUCUCUCUAACACUGCAUGAACAGGAUUAUUUCCCAUUACUUGUGAGUUUGUGGAAUCUAUGUAAUCAUUUGAUAGGAUGUAUAUUGACUGUAAGUAUAGGCAGGAAGGCUCCACUUUUAUAUUGAAGGGUGGUGGGAGGGUCUGUGAUGCAUUCAGAAUUCAGUUAUGAUCUCAGGGUAUUUGGGGUGGGCAAGAGCAGAAAGAAGGUGUUUGUUGAAUGGAGAUGUUGAUGUUUCAUUAAUGAUGUUUCAUUAGCUGACCCAGCCUUCCUGGAGAAACCCAACAGGUUAUGUCCUGUUGUCCAGUUUCUAUCAGCACCUCAUUCAGUGUUAACACUUGGUGGGGUCUUGAAGUUCUCAUACUAUAAGAUUGCGAGCCCACUUCCUCCACAUCAAUGAACAUUUUGUUGCUGCUGUUGCGUCUCUGUUCUGUUGCAGAGCACAGCUGUCCUUAUCCAUGAUUUUACCAGGAAACCACUCCUAUCUGGAGAGUGUAGCAAAGGCUCAGAUGAGAGACACAUCCCUUUAGAAUUUAGCUUGGAGCUGGUGUGGAACAAAAUCUUUCACUUUCCCAUUCGGAUGUGGAAAAUACGGUGGGAAACAGGAGCACCAUAAAAAUCAGGCUUUCUUCGGUGGAUUCCUUAGCACCUUUGGAUGAUACUUUACCAUAUGGCAUACAUGUAAUAAUAAGAGAAGAAACUGAUGGAGGUUCUGUUUGGAAAACAAAAAGGCCUCAGUUGUGGUUUGAAGAAGACAGGAUGGAAUUUAUGUGGGUUGCAGACUUCUGCUAGGAUUCUGACAUUCCACCAGGGUAUGUUUACCGAAAUUCAAGGUCUCGUGAGUAUAAAUUCCAGAUCUUACUAUACCUGUACAUUAGAGAAGAGAGUAAGGUGCCCCUUAGCAUAACAUUUUGCCUCAUCUGGUCAGUCCAAUGGUGGUCAGUUCAUUUUUUCUGCUCAUUUCUGUGUGUCUUUAGUCCAUUAAUUAAUAUUUUUUGCCAUAUUUGUUUCACUUGCAUUUUGAUGUUUCCACACGUGUGCGCUCUCGCUCGCUCUCUCUCUCUCUCUCUCUCUCUCUCACACACACACACACACACACACACACCACUUUUUUUUAAAAGGAAAGGUUUAGCUUUUAGUGACAUUUUAGACACUGUAUGGAAUUUUAAUUUGUUUAAAGAAAGAUUUUAAUUUUUGUUGUUGUUGGUGUCUCAUUGCUGAAACAAAUACUUUGGUCUGCUUUUCCCUGUUUUGGAUUAAAGACACCCAAUACAUCAAA